UCGAAAUUAAAAGAAUCGUAUUAGCUGAGCUAUUUCGUUACGAGUUAUACUCGGAAGUUUAAAUAUGGCGGAUAGCGGCUGAAUUGUUUGCAGUGUGCAAAUUACAAUUUCGGCAAAAUUGGUUGUGUUACUAUCAUGUACGAAUAUCCGACAGACAGUACAAUUACGAGUUCAUCGCAGGUGUUCAGUCAAGGAAAUGGAUCUCAUUGCCAAAUACCAAGUGACAUCUUCAUUAAGCAGGAGUACAUUGACUAUUCGUUCUGCGAUGAAUUCCUGCCGUAUUGUGAGCCAUCCAGUUUUGGAGAACGGCUGAGUUCCGUAAAUUCUAAGAUGGGGUCCAAUUUUAAACUGGAGAAUGGAGACAUAACGACCAUCACAAUACCAGAAGAUGAACUUAAUUCCGUGAACGCACAGCUGGAUGCUAUACUGGAAGCGGAGAGGGUGUGCUGUCCAGCACCCCUGCUGGUGCCUAAGAAGGAGCCGGUGUCUGUAGAGUGUGGAGUGACAAACGACACGAAGCCGGAGACUGCAGCAUUGGUUCCACUUAUACCAAAGGAAGAACCACAAGAAGAUUCUGUCGGGGCAGCGUCAGACGGUUCGUGGUUUGUCCAGGACAUCAGUGAAAACCGAAGCGGAAUCCAGAACAGAGGCUCGAGUGGCAACCUAGCUGCCGGGCUGUUUCCUACCUCACUGCACCUCCCGGGACCGCAGGCCGACGGCCGACACCGCUGCGUCAGCUGCGAGGCGUCGUUCGAGACGGCGGCGGCACUCGAGGUGCACGCAAAGUCACAUGCCGGUGACCUGCGGUGCGGAGUGUGCGCGCGGCCGUUCCUCCGUGCAGACAAGUUGCGGGCACACGCGCGUGUGCACACCGGUGAGCGGCCGUACCGCUGCGGUGUCUGCGGCAAGUGCUACAAGCAGUUUGACUACCUCAAGAUCCACGCACGCGUGCACACGGGCGAGCGGCCGUACGCGUGCGACUCCUGUCCCAAGACGUUCGCGCGGGCCGAUAAGCUCAAAGUGCACCGCCGCGUGCACACGGGUGAGUGCCCGUACCGCUGCCAGGCGUGCGGACGUGCCUUCAAACGGCUCGACAACCUCAAGUCGCACUCUCGCGUACACACAGGCGAGCGGCCCUUCGGCUGCCGCACCUGCGGCAAGGCCUUUGCGUCCUACGAGAAGCUCAAAGUCCACUCUCGUACGCACACAGGCGAGCGACCUUAUGCCUGUGAGGUAUGCCAGAAGACGUUUGUCAGCUCAGGUAACCUGCACGAACACCGGCGGGUGCACACGGGUCGGAAGCGCUACUCGUGCGGUGUCUGUGGCGACUCGUUCGGCACUGCCGGCCGGUUGAGGGUGCAUUCGCGUUCCCACGUCUACCUAGCCACAGCCGUAGUUGAAGCCGUGCAGGCCCUGGUGUGA